AUGCGGGAACUUGAAUACAUAGAUGAUAUGCUCGAACAAGACGAGAAUGCCGACCAGGAGAAUUUGUCGGUGCCGCGCGAACAGUGGAGGGCGGCAGACUUCGUCGAGGAAGACAUGGUGUACGCGACCAUCGACGUGCUCGUCUUGGACGCCCUACGCCACCUGCAAACCGUGGAGAGGAACAGCACGCUGAGGCAGUACACCUCGUGGAUUUAUCACUACAAGAGGCGCAUAAAGGCAUGCCAGAUGGCGGCGAGAGUGGAGGCGACGAUAUACCGGGAGACAGAGCUGAGAAUCAUGCGAGAGAUAUCGGUGGUCAGGUCGGAGGUGCGGUUCAUGAUCCGCACCAAGAACGAGCGGGACAUCAACAUCCGCGAGAUCACGCUCCCCGACAUAUUCUUGUACCGACUGGCGAGCACCUCGUCGGUGAACCCGGAGAACCAGCCGGUCGUCAUGGUCAUCGCUGCGCGGAACUCGAAGACGUCCAAGGAUGCGCGUCUGCAGCAGAGCUACGCUGCGCGGCACCUCGAAGCGGAGUUCUGCGCCGUCGGCGAGACGGGCCUGUGGUUGCACUUCAUCCUCGACCAGAUCGGCCAGUUUCACGGCGUCCGCCUCAUUCUGCCAGUGGACACCAGCACACGCGCGAGCUGGUACAAGAAGCACCUCUUCUUCGCCAAAAACGACACCGACCAAGGGGAGCUUUUUGCGGCAAGCCACCAACGCUGGACGCGGCAGUUGUGGGACAAAAACGGGGUCUUCUGCAAGAGGAACGUGCACGCCGCUCGAGCCGGAGGGGCCAAGGAGCUGGCCAUCGACGGCACGCCACGCGCCGAGAUCGCGGAGCUGGGUCACUGGGCGCUCGACAAGAUGACGCGAGCGUACAUCACCGCCAUUCCGGUGGGGGUGGUGAUGAAGAAGGCCGAUUACUCUAUUUACAAACAGGACUACUUCUUGGGUCGGAGCAGGGUGGAGCCCUCCGAUAAGCUCUUGAAGCUCCUCGCCGAGCACAUCUUCCCCGGCGUCGACGACAUGCUGAAGACGGUAUGUUAG